GUUCUCACCUUCGGAGCCCGCAAGAAGGAAGCGCACAGCGGGGCGUCUUCUACGGCACUUUCAGCGCACUUCAUCCAGAAAAAGGAAACGCCAGAUACAAUAUCCACGGACGGGAUGGCAAAUCUGGACCAGAAAUCACCCAAUGUUCUGCUGCAGAGCCUGUGUUGCAGGAUCACCGGGAAAAGCGAAGCCGAAGUCGCCCACCAGUUCCAGUAUGCCGUGCGAGUCAUUGGCAGCAACUACGCCCCCACCAUUGAACGAGACGAGUUCCUGGUGUCGGAGAAGAUCAAGAAGGAAUUGCUGCGCCAGAGGAGAGAAGCAGACGCUGCUCUGUUCUCAGAGCUGCACAGGAAGCUUCAGACGCAGGGUGUUCUGAAGCAUCGCUGGUCGGUUCUCUACCUGCUGCUCAGCCUCUCUGAAGACCCCCGCAAGCCUUCCAGCAGGGUUGGAAACUACGGGGCGCUUUUUGCCCAAGCCCUCCCCAGGGAUGCGCACUCCACCCCGUUCUACUGCACCCGACCCCAGAGCUUAGCCCUGAGCUACGGCGACAAGGGCGUCGGCCUGUCUGGAAGCGUUGGGACCAGUGGGAUUUCAAGUCUAGGGGUCUACACCCUGAAUGGACCCACGCCGCCGCCACUGCUGGCUGGUCAACCUUCCCAGUCUGCAGCUGCAGUUACUCAGUCUCUAGGCUCACGGUUAGCCUGGGCGCUCCCUAUAAGCUCCUCCCCCUCUGCCGUCUUGGCUCCGCCCAUAACCCGGCCACCCCUCGGGCCACAAGUGCCAACCAUCAGACCGGUCCGACCUCGCAGGGAUGGUGAUGCGGCCGGUGAGGUUAACGAGGCAGCGUUGGUGCGGGACGUCCUCUACGUCUUCCAGGGAAUAGAUGGCAAGUUCAUCAAGAUGAACGCCCAGGACAACGGCUACAAAAUGGACAGCAAGGUGGUGCUAUGCAAGUCUCUGAGGGACACCAGCAGCAGACUGUCUGAACUUGGCUGGCUCCACAACAAAGUCAGGAAGUACACUGACGCCAGAACCCUAGACCGGGCCUUCGGAUUGGUGGGCCAGAGCUUCUGUGCGUCGCUUCACCAGGAGCUGAAGGAAUACUACAGGCUUCUCUCCGUCCUCCACUCACAGUUGCAGGUAGAGGAUGAGCAGGGAGUGAACAUGUGCACAGAGAGCAGUUUAACUCUGAGGAGGCUUCUGGUCUGGAUGUACGACCCCAAAGUGCGACUCAAAACGCUGGCGGCCCUCGUCGACUACUGCCAAGGUCGUAAGGGAGGAGAGCUGGCCUCUGCGGUUCACGCCUACGGGAAGACGGGAGACCCGCAGAUGAGAGCGCUGGUCCAGCACAUCCUCAGCCUGGUGUCCCACCCCAUUCUCAAUUUCCUCUACCGGUGGAUAUACGACGGAGAGCUGGAGGACACGUACCACGAGUUCUUUGUAGCGUCAGACCCAAACGUGAAGACAGAUCGUCUGUGGCAUGACAAAUAUUCCCUCCGGAAGUCGAUGAUCCCCUCGUUCAUCACCAUGAACCAGGCUCGCAAGGUCCUGCUGAUUGGCAAAUCUAUCAACUUCCUGCAUCAAGUUUGUCAUGACAGAACGCCGCCGGGCAAAAUCACCGCAGCGUCCAAACCUGCCGACACUCCGAAAGAUGCCGCGGACCUGCUGUCUGACCUGGAAGGAGCCUUCCAGGAGAAAAUCGACGCGGCGUACUUCGACACCAGCAAAUACCUGCUGGACGUUCUGAACCGUAACUACCUGCUGCUGGAGCACCUGCAGGCCAUGAGGAGAUACCUGCUGCUGGGCCAGGGAGACUUCAUCAGGCACCUCAUGGACCUGCUAAAGCCUGAGCUCGCCCGACCUGCCACCACGUUGUACCAACACAAUCUGACAGGCAUCUUGGAGACGGCAGUCAGGGCCACCAACGCGCAGUUUGACAACGCAGAGAUCCUAAAGAGGCUGGACGUUCGCCUGCUGGAGGUGUCUCCCGGUGAUACGGGCUGGGACGUUUUCAGUCUGGAUUAUCACGUUGAUGGACCCAUUGCAACAGUGUUCACCAGAGAGUGUAUGGGCCACUACCUCAGAGUGUUUAACUUCCUGUGGAGAGCCAAGCGAAUGGAGUACACACUGACGGACAUCUGGAAGGGACAGAUGUGCAACGCCAAGCUGCUCAAAACCAUGCCUGAGCUCUCUGGUGUGCUGCACCAGUGUCACAUCCUGGCCUCUGAAAUGGUUCACUUCAUCCACCAGAUGCAGUACUACAUCACCUUCGAGGUGCUGGAGUGCUCAUGGGAUGAGCUGUGGAACAAAGUGCAGCAGGCCCAGGACCUCGACCACAUCAUUGCUGCCCACGACGUCUUCCUGGACACCAUCAUCUCCAGAUGUCUACUGGACAACAGCAGCAGGUCCCUUCUGAACCAGCUGAGGGCCAUAUUUGACCAAAUUAUCGAGUUUCAAAAUGCGCAGGACUCCCUGUACCGCUCGGCGCUGGAGGAGCUCACCCUGCGGCUGCAGUUUGAGGAGAAGAAGCGGCAGAGGGAAGAGGAGGGCGAAUGGGGCGUGACGGCAGAACAGGAAGCGGAAGAGAAGAGGCGGAUUCAGGAGUUUCAGGACACCAUACCGAAGAUGCGAUCCCAGCUUCGAAUCCUCACCCACUUCUACCAGAGCAUCGUCCAGCAGUUCCUUGUGCUGCUGAUGACCAGUUCAGACGAGAGUCUGCGCUUCCUCAGUUUCAGGCUGGACUUCAACGAGCACUACAGAGGAGCGAGGAGUCAGGGCCAGAGAACCGAGGCUGCGGGCGUCGCUGGGCGCCACCAGAGGGCGACGUCUGUCAAACAUCUGACGUGAGGACCGCAGCUCGGAACGGCCGACGCUUCCCAUCGCAGCACGGGGCGUGACCUCACGCACACACGCCACCUGCGCCCACCGCUCUGGAGACGCCAUGGAAGGGAAAAGCAUCUGGAGCAGACCAACCGUUGACAGGAUCUGGGCUCCAAAUGAGAAUUCUGAAAAGAAAAAACAUAAUCGAUUUUAGUUGGAACGAGGAGAUGAAAGACGCAGCCGUCGGACUGAGCUGUCCAGGUCACCUCACAUGGCAUGCCUUACUAAAGGAGGGAAAACUAUUUCUCAGCCUGGUUGCCAAGUCCAGUCCCAACACACACGUUUGUACAUAGUGUAAGACAAAAGUGUAUGUAAGUGUUGAAGCUUCUCUAUACAUCCACAUGUGGCUUUCUGUCUUCCCACCAGAGGGCGACCAAUUUGAAUCUGAGGCGCAUUUCUUUUCCGUUUUGUUUUUAUAGAGGUUAUUAAAAUAAUACAGUCUAUUAACUGUUAGUGCUAUUCUUCAGUAAAUCUGUCGGGACUUUUUUGUUUUGUUUUUUAAAAACAAAGUUUUAGUAGUUUGGAGAAAACCAAACAACAAAGCUGAAGCGGAAGCUGAAGGAACAAACUGGAUGUUUUAUUUACAAUCAAGACCUGAUUGUAAUGUUUCGCUUUCUCUUAAAAGGGCGUAUAUCAUAUUUACAGAGUUAACGCAAAUAAGAUAUUUAAAGUGUGAAACAUCAAUUACAAUCAGCUCUUCUAAUGUUUGUUUUUUUCCUUUUUCAAGACAGAUUGGUCCUUUAUGAAUGUUUUUCUCAAGUUAACAGUCUUUUGGAUAAUUCGUUCAAAAUAGGAACCGAUUGUCUAUGUGGAUGAUAGCAUAGUGUCUGUACUGACGGAAGAAUUUGAUCUGUGCACAAAACAUGGAAGUAAACAGCCGAACAAUGAAAUUCUUCUCAAUUAAAAAAAAAAAAAGGUGAUGUAUGCCCUUUUAAAAGCUGAUUACUCUGUCAGUUUAGCUUGUUCACAAUCAUAUGAGAUUUAAGACACACAAGUGAUGCACCCUCGGAUUUACAGAGAACCUAAGCGCAGAAUUAAUCCAUUGAAUAGUCUUCAUAACUUAUUUAUUUAUAGUUUUCAAAAAAAAAAAAGGACUCUGAAAUGACUUAAUUAGUAUUUUAAAUGUGUUUCUUUCCUUUUCAUUUUAAACUGUAAAUGUUCCUUCCUUCUCAGAGGCUUAUCAUUAAAUACAAUCGUCAAAACAAAAACAACCUCACAUCUCGUCACCACAGGGACUAUUUCCUAUUUCUAAAUUGUACAUAUUUCUACAUAAAAAAAAAAAAAAUCAAUGUCUAAAUAAGUAUUUGUCAGAAGAUGUUUACUUUUACAGCUUAUUUUUCAGAAGCACGUCUGUUCCAGGUGUGAUAAUCGAGCAUUUAAGUUGGGUCCGCUACAUUUACUCAAGAUAAGUCUCGAAUGUAGAUCACGAAGUGAGGGAGCCGUGAUCCAACAUCAGGGAUGAUUUAAAAACCUGCUUCAACGACUCAUGUUUCUCUUCAAUAUUUCAAAAGUAACAGUUCAUUUGGUGCCAAUCGGUACGUGUUCGACAGCACUGCCGUUCGGUGACAAACCUUUUACUUCUGCAGGUGGAGGAAAUAUUUCAGGUUUUUGGUAAUAGUCACAUUUCCCCCUCCCCCUCAUCAGAGCAGGUAAACUUUGGUAAGGUGCAGACAUUUCUCUGAUGAGUGUAACCUGACUGAAUUGGGGUCAGGACUUGUACGCUGGCUGCUUCUGUAAAUUCAUUGGGUAGCUCGUAAAGUAAUGUAAAUGUUGGGAAUAAUCCACCCUACUUCUUUAAUAAAAUGUAUUUUUUUCAGCAAAAAAACAA